UUUUAUUGCCUCUCUGAGGUGGCUUUGGAAGGAGACACCAGGUGACACAUGUUUGAAAAGGGUUUAAAAGUUGGAUGUGGUUGGAGUAGACGGUGUUGUCUUGUAGGAGCAGUGGACUGGAACUGCUGUGGACUUCAGUGAGCGUUUGAGCAGAACAGCCAGCAAUGGAUAACUCAAUGGUCUGUUUGGCCAAUGCAACAGUUUGCAAUGGCACAUCCUGUCUGGUACCAGAAAGCAGCUUCAACGCCGUUCUAAGUGCGGUCCUGAGUGCCGUCCUGACCAUCCUGUUGGCUCUGGUGAUGUUCUCCAUGGGAUGCAACGUGGAACUCAAGAAAUUCCUAGGGCACAUAAAGCGGCCAUGGGGCAUCUGCAUUGGCUUCCUCUGUCAGUUCGGGAUCAUGCCCCUCACAGGAUUCAUCCUCUCCGUGGCCUUUGACAUCAUCCCCAUCCAAGCUGUAGUGGUCCUCAUCAUGGGAUGCUGUCCGGGAGGGACUUCCUCCAACAUCUUGGCCUAUUGGGUGGAUGGCGACAUGGACCUGAGCAUCAGCAUGACCACCUGCUCCACGCUGCUCGCCCUGGGGAUGAUGCCGCUGUGCCUGUUAAUCUACACCAAAAUGUGGGUCGACUCAGGGAUGAUCGUGAUUCCCUACGAUAACAUAGGUAUAUCUCUGGUGGCUCUUGUUGUUCCCGUCUCCCUUGGAAUGUAUGUUAACCACAAGUGGCCCCGGAAAGCCAAGAUCAUCCUUAAGAUUGGAUCCAUCACAGGCGCCGUGCUCAUAGUGCUCAUAGCCGUGGUUGGAGGCGUGCUCUACCAGAGCGCCUGGAUCAUAGAGCCCAAACUCUGGGUCAUAGGAACCAUAUUUCCCAUAGCUGGCUACUCCUUAGGGUUUUUGCUGGCUAGAAUAGCCGGUCAGUCCUGGCACAGGUGCCGAACCGUUGCUCUGGAAACAGGGAUGCAGAACACCCAGCUGUGCUCCACCAUCGUGCAGCUCUCCUUCACCCCCGAGGAGCUCAACCUCAUAUUCACCUUCCCACUCAUCUAUAGCAUCUUCCAGAUCAUUGCGGGAGCAUUGUUCUUAGCAGUGUACGUGGUAUACAAGAAAUAUUAUAGAAAAAACAAUGUGGAAUUUCCGGAGGGCAGAGACAAUGGACCAGUGCCUGAUUCAUCGUUCCAACAGGUUAAUGAAGGAUUUCAACCAGACGAAAAGCAAACACCAGUGAACCAAAAAGAAUCCUAAAGAAUAUGCUUCAGCUCUAACAAUACUUAAUUAUUUGUUUGGGUAGGAUAUUUGGCAGAAAAAAAGUUACAGUGAAAAUUUAAA